CCUGGAAACACCGUUUGCUGCGAUUGCGGGAUGAAGAAUCCGCAGUGGGCAUCCGUCAGUUUUGGCAAUGUCUUUUGCUUGGAAUGCAGCGGAGUGCACCGAUCUCUGGGCGUCCAUAUUUCCUUCGUGCGCUCCAUCGCUAUGGACUCGUGGACCGACCAGCAAUUGGCGUUAAUGAAGGCGGGAGGCAACGACAAGUGCAACCAGUACCUGCAAGCCAAA